GACCCCAGCGCGCGCACGGCCAACGAACCAGCCGCGCUCUAAUGUAGGUAAGGAGAAGUGGAAACAUACGUUCGGAACGCGCGCCAGUAUUGAGAGUUCGUCGAGAUCGCGCGCCGUAAUCAAGUUCAAUGGUAAAUCCGUGCAUCAAAUUCGCGUCCGAAAAGAAAGAUUUCUAGUGCCUUGUGGUAAAAUUAUUGCCUGCGAUCACAUAACUACUAGAUUUUAUUAAGACUGACCAUGGACAAAAAUGUUAUAAUAAACAAUGAUUCUUCAACUUCAACUUCAAGAAAACAAGGAAUCAAGGAAGUAAAACUAUGUGUUGAGAGUGAAUCAAACUCUAGUUCUGACACAGAUUCACUAACGAACGAACCGUCAAGCAGUUUUUUCGAUUUUUUAAAUGAAGAUAAGCUACAGAAUGAGAUUAAUGCAUUAGUUAGCCCAAAGGAAUAUCAAUCAGAGAUAUAUGAUGAACAAAGAGGCAUUAAUUCAUUCGGAAAGGAGGGCAUAUACAAAACGCCUCGCAGUCGCGUGCCGACGAUAGUAGAGAACGUUGUCAAUGAUGUGGAGACGACACCGAAGAAAAUUCGCGACACACCACUGCCAUUAUUAACUUGGGCAGAGAGUGACGAAGUCUGGCAGAAUUUGGUUUACAAAGAAGAAGCAACAGCGACACUACGCAACAUUAAAAUCUUCGAUGAAAGAUCUGCGUAUUUACCGCGAAUGCGCGCUAUUCUUCUCGAUUGGAUCAUGGAGGUUUGUGAGGUUUAUCACCUCCGACGCAACACAUACUACUUGGCAGUAGAUUAUAUCGAUAGGUACCUAACUGCGCGUCCCAGUGUUCCCAAAACUCAACUACAAUUACUAGGAGUUGCUUGUCUUUUUAUUGCGGCUAAACUAGAGGAGAUUUAUCCUCCGAAGUUAUCUGAAUUUUCAUACGUUUGCGAUGGUGCGUGCACUGAAGCUCAGAUACUUACCUGUGAAAUACUUCUGUUGAAUAUUUUGGGUUGGGAGGUGAAUGUAAUGACUCCUAGUAGUUGGCUCAAUCUGUACAUGCAGAUACAUUACAACGCUGAUGUCAUCAAACAGUGUAAGAUGCUCUCACUGGAUAACAAGUAUUUUGAGUAUCCUCAAUAUUCAGCGUACGAGUUUGUCAGAGCGAGUCAUUUGAUCGAUUUGUUCUCCAUGGACGCAGGUUUUCUCAAGUUCAAUUACAGUACAAUUGCUGCCGCGGCCAUGUUCUACACUUACGGAGAAGAGGUUGCUCUAAAGGUAUCCGGGUUGAAAAAGAAACAACUAAAAGACUGUACUAAUUACAUGCGUGGGUUUAAUUCGAUUAUUAAUCAAGCUCAUGAUCCGCGACUUGCCUCGAUUGUUCCAGCACAGGACGAUGAGAGAUUGAAUCGUAGUUUUUGUUAUACUAGGCGACAUGUACCGAAACUGAUUAAGAACGAAGAUCAUUCCAUACAAACACAUUUAAUUGAUUUAGACUAUUUUGAGCGAUCAGUGCUACAUCGAAUUGAAGAGUUUGGUAUUCAGGUAAGAAAGGCGUUUGUUAGGAAAUACAAGUCCUCAAGUGGGGAGACAGAAUUUGAGACGUUAAAUGAAGAACCUAAAGAACAAGAACCACCCACAGUAAUGGUAUACGAGCUGACACCAUUGAAGAAGUUUGAGGAAGAGGAGGAAGUCAACACAUUACACACAAUGCAUCCAACUGACGCUGAGUAUGAGGCUGGUAAAGUGAAUAUUUUUCGGUUGCCACACAAAACAACAGUUACUUUCGAUGAUAUACUAUCAAGCAUUCAUCACGAUUCACGUAUAGCUAAAAUUACCUCGCAAUUAUUGGAUCAGUCGCUAGUGUAUCACUAAUUUUAUUUUACUUAAUAGUUGCAGUUUGGAAACAUUUAAUACUAGAGCGUUUUUGUUUGGGAAAUUGUUUGGAUUUGUAAAAGUGGCAGUUCAUAUGUUUAGAGAUAAAUGUGCAAGUAAUUCGAUAUGGAUCACUGAAUAUUUUUGAGAAAGACUUGAUAGAAAAUUUUAUAGCUUGAAAAAUACUGUGAUCUCUACAAACUGACUAGUUUUAUUUAGGUUUUAGUGAAAUUAAUAUUUAUUGUACUUGACGAUUAAUACCGUUCGUACGGUUUAUACAAGUGAAUUUUUAUUAAAGCGUAAAGAAUUUGUACAAAUAUGAUGUAUGGAAUUUUUAAUGAAAUAAUACUUCAAAUGGUAUUUGUGUAGUAGUUUAAUACCAAUAACAAGUGAUUGAUAGCAUUAAAAUGUCUAAUAAUUAUUUGACAACGAAAUUAAAUGAAGGGGUGUAGUAUUAGUGGAACAUAUUUUUAAAAUACUGCAAAAGUAAGAACUCAAAUGAUUUUAUUAUUAGUAUGCUAAGAUUGAGUCUAAUGUUUGUAACGAACGCGAAUUUACAUAGAUACUGUGCCUUGUACUUUGAUUUUUAUAAAUAAAUGAGUUAAUAGUU